GGUAGGAGGACCUCCGGGAGGGGGUGAGGGAGUGAAGAUAGGAGGGCCUCUAGGGGUGAGGGAGCAGAGGACUGAUGAACGGGCCCUCCGUUACCGAUAACGGGGCUCUUAGACAGGACGGUUGGGAGACUGAGCUUGUCUGGGAGCGGCCAUGGACACUCGAAGAAAUCCAUAAAGCCAGUGGGAGCUGGUCCCUUGGUGCAGAUGCUGGAUUGCUUCUGUUUCUGCAAGAUUUCUCUCAGCAGAUGUUAUCCCGCACACAUGAGAUUGAGAAACAGCUCGACAGCUUGAUCCAGCGCACGAAGGCCACAGAUUCCCGCCUGCACAAUGUUUUCAAUGAUUUCCUGAUGCUCUCAAACAUUCAGUUCAUUGAAAAUAGAGUAUAUGAUGAAGAAGUGGAAGAUGCAACUAAACCAGAGAGCGGAGGGAAACCAGUUGAGCCGGAGAAAACAAGAGAGCAGAAGGAGGCUGAGCUGAUCCCCAAGAUUCAAGAAGCUGUGCACCAUGGCCUGAGUGUGCUGGACUCUGCCUUCGAGCAGCUGGACAUAAAAGCUGGAAACUCUGACUCUGAAGAUGAAGAAACAAAUGAGCGAGUCGAACAUCUGUUGGAACCCAAGGACCUAUACAUUGACAGGCCAUUGCCCUACAUCAUUGGCUCUCAGCAGUUUAUGGAGGAAGAGGAUGUUGGCUUAGGUGAUCUCUCCAGUGAAGAGUCUGUGGACAGUGAACAUGGCAGUGUUAUUGAAAGUGAGGAGGAAAAAGAGGAGUCUGGGGUUGAUUCUGCAGAAGGAAGUGAAGAUGAAGAGCAGAAACUGUCCAAGUCAGUCCAAAAACAGCAGCAGAUCAGUGACGAGGAUGAAGAUGAUGAUUCUGAUUUAUUUCAAGAAUCUGGAAAAGAGGAGGAAGAAGACGACUUGACUCUCACGAAAAAGAUGGGACAGACUUCCUUUGCAGAAGAGUUAGCUGCACGAAUUCAAGGAGAAAGCACAGAGAAACAACAUGAACAGAGUGCAUCUUUGACCUCUGGGGUUUCAGCACGGAAGAAUCGAGUAAAGACCAAAACAGAAAUUCAAAAUGCUAAACAUCAAGAAGAUGAAGAGAACUUAUUCACAUCUGAGAUUGCUGAUGAAGAAGAUGAUUUUUCUCCAUUUCGCAGCAAAAGUGGCCUCUUCAGUGGGGGUAAAGGUCUCUUUGAUGAUGAGGGUGAUCUUUUUGCUGAGGCACCAAAAGAGGAACUCAACAAAGGAAAGGAAGUCAAACCAGCAGUUUUUGAUGAACCUGUUGCAAGAAAAUCUGGGAAAAAAGUACCAGUUGGAGCAGUUUCUAUUUAUCCGGGUGGAGAUUUAUUUGCUCCCAACGUGAUUUCUGAGACAGCGCACAGCAAAAAAGCAAAACGAGAGCCAGUAAACACUGGAGGGCUGUUCGAUGAUGAGGAAGAUGAUUUAUUUGGAUCAAAUGUGAAAACCUCGGGAGCAGAUAAAACUGAAAGCAAGCUGGCCACAAGUCUCUUUGAUGAAAGUGAGGACAGUGGGCUCUUUGAAGCAAGUGUAACGCCAAAAGCUGUCAAAGGGAAAUCAGGGGCACAGCAGAAUGCGCAGCUCCACUCUGAAGUAGUAGAAUCCUCUCCCCCACUUGUUGAAAAGUCCCAAACUAGUUCUGGUCUCUUCUCUGAUGAUGAUGACUCUCAGGACUUAUUCUCUUCAAACAAGGACACAAAAAGGCACCAAUCAAAACAAUCCUUAGUCCAGAACACGUCCAGCCAGAUUCCAGUCUCGUUCUUCGAUGAUGAGGGUGAUCUCUUCAGUUCUGCUCCAUCAAAGGAUGUUUCUGCCACAAAGAAAUCGCAGCAACCGCAUGAGCCUAAAACUGCAGCUACUGGAUCAAAAUCUGCUGCUCUGUUUGAUAGUGAUGACAAGGACGAAUGGCAAAGUUUGGGACAACAGAACAUUUCCGCCUCACAGUCUGUGGGUGAGAAGAAACAAGAGGAGCCUAAGGCUGCUGCAACCUCAAGAGCACCAAAGAAGAUCAGUCUGUUUGACUAUCCUGAAGAGGAUGAUUUAUUUGGUGUGACUCAGAAGGAAAGUCAGAAGAAAUCCCAUAAAGUGUCCCUUUUGUUUGAAGAUGAUGAUGAAGGUGAUCUGUUUGCAUCUAAACCAGCAACUAACAAACCACCUCCUUCUCAGAAGCCUUCCCCUCUGCAGAGCUCAUCCCUCUUUGGCGAAAUUGAGAGCAAUCGCUCUGUGACAGAGUUUGAUGGGAAGAGACAAGUGGAACAGGGAGCUGGUGGUAAACCAGUGUCAGUGGGAACAACACACCUAUUUGCUGGGUCUGAUAUUCUUGAGCAAAGUGACACAAAGGUGCUGGUCUCUGAGGCUGUCGUUGCCCAGGAAUGUGAUGAUCUAGCCAAACCGAGUGCUGGAUUGCUGGGAGAAUUACACAGCAAUUUGAACUCUGUUGUGAGCCUGUUUGAUGAAGACGAAGAUGAGAAUCUGGAGGAUGUGCACAACCAGUCUAAGCUCCUGAAAAAUGAAAAGCUUCCUGAGGGUGGUGUUAGCACCAGGGUGUUCCAGGAUGAGGAGCUACUAUUCAGUCAACAGCAACAGAAAGACAAUGACCCUGAUGUCGACCUCUUUGCUGAUGCUUUAAAAUCGGAGGUUAAAACAUUGGGUAAAAAGCCCCCCAUUAGCCCUCCGCCCACAGAAAAGGCAAGGCCCCCAGAACUUCCAAGCAGUGAUCUUUUCGAUGGAACUGACGACCUGUUCAGCACUUCAAAGCCACGGUCUGCAAAAGUGCCUUCAACCAAAGAUAGUAUUUUUGGAGACAGUGUGGAUGAAGAUCUCUUCAGGACUGUUCCGAAGAAGCCGUCUGUGCCACAAACGAAGCCAAAGUUUAGGGGAACAGGAAUGUCGUGGGGUGCCUCCACCAAAACCAGUGAGCAUCCUCAGGAAGCAUGUGGUGAAGUUCUGGAAAAACAGAGACCAGGGGAUAAGGAACGACUCACCACCAGCACAGGUCCCAUUAAAACAAAAGGGCCUUCCUCUCGGAUUGGAAAACUCCAAGCAAAUCUGGCAAUUAACCCAGCCAGCCUCCUUCCUGGAGCUGCACCAAAGAAAGCUGUUGUUCCGUCUGGAUCAACAACCCCACCUUCUUCACCUGAUUCUUCUUUGAGAGCAGCCACACCUUCAGCAUCAGGAUCAGUUGCAGGCGAGGGCAUCACUGCGAGUUUGGAACAACCAGUACAAGUGGACGUUUUGCCCAGUGUUAAUAAGAGCCGUGCAAGAGUAGGGCAGAAACGUCGACCUCCAACAAGGGUGGCACGGAGACUGGCAGCUCAGCAAUCCAGUGAGAGAGAAGAUUUGGAACAGAGAACUGAAGUUGAUGGCGUUCUUUUGGAAGCAAGUGGUAUUGCAGACAUUUCACCAACAGUCACCGUCCAAAAGCCACAUUUGGCCAAGACACCAACUUCACAGCAACCCAGUAGUGAUGCUAGUCCUCCCACUGCCACCUCCACAAAACUGCCAGUACGCUCUUCGAGAGACCUGUUUGAUUCAGGUGAUCUGUUCAAACCAAAUGUGACACAGGAGUCAACUCCUGCAGUCAGGACACUGGAGGGCUUGUUACCCAAGGAGGACCCAGUCCAAUCAAUCUUCGCACCAAGCGAGGAUGACCUUUUCCAAUCCAGUAAACGGACUGUAAAGAAACCCAAACCAGUGGCAUUUCUGCAGGAGGAAGAUGAUGAUCUUUUUGGUACACCAAAAUUAGGGAAAACUAAACACACAGCACAGGAGAAUUCAAAAACACCAGAUAUCUUUGAGGAUGAUUUGUUUUCCACGGAAUCUAUUACAUUGACCAAGAAAAGUAAUGAGGGAAGUGCGAGCAUCGACCUCUUCAGUGAUCACGUAGACAUAUUCGCUGACUUAAAAGUCACUCCGAAGGAGAAGAAGAGCCGAAAGAAAGUAGAAACAAAGUCUAUAUUUGAUGAUGAUAUGGAUGAUAUUUUCGCUUCUGCCACACCCUCAUCCAAUAGCAAGAAACAAUCCAAACCCAAGGCCAGUUCAAAGCAGGCUGCAGUUCCUGUCAGCACAGCAGACAGCAAAACUGUGGACAUUUUUGAUGAUCCUCUGAAUGCCUUUGGACCAUGAGAUUUGGCGAAGAGCAUCAUUCAUAAAAUUAUGGAAAUGAGAGAGAGAGAAAAUUUUAUAUUUACUGUUUGACAUUGAAAGUAUUGAAUUGCACUAAAUAGGAAAAUAAUUUGCCUGAAUGAUGACGUGUCUACAUCAGAGAGAAGUUUGUUUCAAAAAAAUCACAGGCAGUAUUCACUGCUGACGUGGACUUUGGCACUUGCCUUGGUGAAUAAUGACAGCUACCUUAGAAAAUUUGAUAUGCUUACAGUAGUUAUGAAUACUUCACACUAAUUUGCUUUGUGCACUGGACCUGUGAUUAGCAUUUUUUCUCUCUUUCUUCACUCUAUCGUUUGUUCCUUAGUCAUUAAAUCACAGUAUCCUUUAACCAAGUUCUAAUAAUUCUCAAUUUUUUGUAAAUGAAUUUUUUCUCCAAUCUCGUUACCAUGAAAAGGCUUUUAAUUUGAGCUUUAAACACUUCAUCUCAUAGAGCUAUGCAUUGGACUUCUCACUCUUAAUGGUCCUUGUUCACUGAUGGUUUUUUUUAAAUUCACCUGUACAUUUUUGAGAUAUUCCAAUUUAACAUUAAUCUUGUGAUCUAUGUUCCAUUUUUCUAGAAUGGAAAUGUCAGUUAGAUCUGUGUAAGAUAAUGUAAAUACUUCUGAAAUGAAAGAUAUGCUUCGUAAAUGCAUUCAUUGCAAGCUUACAAAAACCACUGGACAAUAUACAUUAGCGGUUUUACUAAGACUUUGUUGAGACCAGUAAAUUACUGUUGUAUCUGUUCACUUCAGGCUGAUGUCUUUGAUUAUCUGUCAUGUUUUGAGUUUAAAUUGCUGAAAAAUAAAAUUGCACAGUGAACAAA